GAUACUGAAGAAGUAGAUCCAGUAGCCACCCUAGGUGAAUUUUCUCUCGAAGAUACACAUGACCAUCUUAAGGAAGUCCAGAAAGAUCUGCAUUGGUUACUUGACCAGUUGAUGAACCUAGCAUUGAAUAAUGACGUUGGAAUGCUGAUAUCCCCAAUGACACCAGAAAUUAUUGAGUCGAAACAGUGCCAGUUUUUUGAGAGUUUGAUGAAGAAUAUCAGCGAUUUAGAUGUAAGAGCAGAACCAAUGAAUGACACCAAUGAUCUGUAUGAACAGACAAUUCAAGAGCUUGAAGACGGAGUAAGAAAAAUGGAGGUCUUGGAGAAAACAGGCAAACAGGACAUGGGGUAUGUUAGGAAAGAAGUAAUUUAUUUGGAAAAUGAAAGAAAGGGCAUGCAAUGGAUGAAACAAGCAUGUAUUGGAGCAAUUGCGGAUGUGGCCAAUUCCACAUAUGACAGAGAAAUUGCUUUGGCUAGCAGAUUGUUUGCGCAAGUGAAAGAGGAUUUGGGACAACUCGUGGCAGCCACAACGGUCAGUAACGAAGACUUCCAAGAAGUACUUGCAGAUUUGACAUCAUCUCAUAUGAAAGGGGGUAAUGAAGUUUACAUCGAUGUGAAUCUACGAUCAGUUGACUGCGUGAAUUUUCUUAUAGAAGCAGAUGUAGCAGCACAUCAUCGUAAUAAUAAAAAAAAAAUUCGUCUAAUGGACCUCAUUUAGAUUCACAUAAAACGUAUGAAAGGAUUAAUAAUGGAAAAAAUUGAUUAUUUAUGGAAAGUAUCAUUAUUUUGACCUCUAGAAAAUCACUGCAUACUUUUGUACCUUUAUACGAUCAUUACAUAAUUUCUUACUAUUAAAAAUUCACCACAUGAA